AUGGUUGUCAGUAAGAGAAGAAGAUCUGAUGCUGAUUCAAAGAAAAAAGAGUCUCCUUUGGUCAGAGAAGAUGCAACCAAAGCACCUCAGAAAUCCAUAUUAGAACAGAGUGAAGUAUCAUUCCCAAGAGGUGGUGCUUCAGCCUUGACUCCUUUAGAAUUGAAAGAAGUUGCUAAUGAAGCUGCUGGUGAUGUCUUAUUCGGAAAAGAAUCUUCUGGAGCUAGUCAACCUUCAACUAAAUCAGAUGAUCAACGUCCUUUAAAGAAGAAGAAGACAUCAAAAGUUUCCAAAACUCAAGAUUCAAAUGAUAAACCAUCAGUUAAAAUUGAAAGCUUAAACUUCAAAUCAUUACAACCUGGUACAUCUGUGUUAGGUCAAAUCUUAGAAAUUAAUCGUUUGGAUUUAGCUUUAGCAUUGCCUGAUAAUUUGAUUGGUUAUGUCCCAAUUACAUCCAUCUCAUCAUCAAUUACGAAACAACUUGAAGAUUUUGAAGAAAGUGACAGUGAAGACGAAGAUGAAGAUGAAAGUGAAGACGAAGAACAAGAUGAAGAAAACAAAACAACUAAAGGUACCUUAAAGACAAAAGAGUCAAAAGAAUUUCCACAAUUGUCUAAAUUUUUCAAAAUUGGCCAAUGGCUUCGUGCAGUUGUUGUUGAAUCAACACAAAAAGGUAAAAAGAAGCAAAAUAAGAAACGUAUUCAAUUAUCUGUUGAAAUAGAAACAACCAAUAAGGAUCUCGAAGAUGAUGAUUUAGUCGCUGGUACAACAUUACAAGUUUCUGUUAAAAGUGUCGAAGAUCAUGGUUUAAUCUUAGAUACAGGAAGAGAAGGAUUAGGAGGGUUUAUUUCAAAUAAGGAAUUGAAAAAUGCAAAUUAUGAUUCAACUGCUAUAGUACCAGGUACUGUUUUCUUAUCAACUGUUGUGAACAAAAAUGCCCGUACUGUCACUGUCAAAUUAAAUACCGGUAAGAAAAACCCAGUCACUACCACUUCAUCUAUUGAUUCCAUUGUACCAGGUAAUUACAUCGAAACUUUAAUCACAGAAGUUCACCAAGAUGGGUUAGCCACUAAAACAUAUGGUUUAGUUGAUUCAUCUAUAAAUUUAACUCAUUUGGGUACUUACAGUGCUGAAGAAAUCAAACAUAAAUAUGCAAUUGGGUCAAAUAUUAAGGCUAGAGUCAUUGCUGUUAUUUUAUCUAACGGUGCUAAAAAACUCGUUCUUUCCGUUUUACCUCAUGUUUUGAAUUUAAAUGAAACAAAUUAUGAUACAGAAGUUUCAUCUGCUCCAUUAGAUGCUUUCCCAUUAGGUCAUAUUUUCGAAUCAGUUGAGGUAAAAGGUUAUGAUAGUAAUUACAUUUAUGUUAAAAUAGGCGGUGAUAGAUAUGGUCAGGCUCAUACUUCAAGAGCUGAUACUACCGCUGGUUUAUCCAUUACAUACACCAUUGGAUCUCAACAUAAAGCUCGUGUUCUUGGGUUUUCUCAACUUGAUAACAGUUAUGUCUUAACAAUGGAUCCAAAAGUUAUCGAACAAAAAUAUUUGAAAGCACAAGAUUUGCCUUUAGGUGAGAAAGUUAACGGUGAAGUAAUUAGUGUUUCAGAGGAUUCAAUGAAAAUCAAGAUUUUCAAGCAAUUUGAAGCUGUUGUUCCAGCUGCUCAUAUGAGUGAUGUCAAAUUAAUUUACCCAGAAAGAAAAUUCAAAAUUGGUUCAAAAGUUAGAGGUAGAAUAAUAAAUAUUUCAAAAUACACUUCAGAAAUUACAGUUACAUUGAAAAAAUCCUUGGUUGGUAUAGAAAAUGUGAUUACCAAAAUUGAUGAUGCUAAAGUUGGUGAAAGAACUUCCGUUACUGUUACUUCAUUCAGACCAAGUGGUGCCUUAGUUUCAUUCUUUGGUAAUUUAAAAGCUUUCUUACCAAAAUCAGAAAUUAGUGAAACAUUUGUGAAAAAACCAGAAGAUCAUUUACGUUUAGGCCAAACUAUUACCGUUAGAAUUGCAUCUGUUAACAAAGAAACACAUAGAAUCUCAGUCAGCUGUAGACUUUCUGAGGAAACAACUGAAGAACAACAACAAGCUUUGGAGCAAUUAGUCGUUGGAAGAUCUAUAUUGAAGGUUGAAAUUGUUGAAAAAUCUAAGGAAUCUGUAAUUGUUGAAAUUCCAGGAAAUAACUUGAGAGGUGUUAUCUUUGAAGGUCAUUUAUCAGAUGGUAACUUUGAGCAAAAUCGUGCGAUCUUAAAGAGAUUAGAAGUUGGUUCAUCAAUUGAAGGUUUGGUUUUAGAUAAAGAUUCACGUUCAAGAUUGUUCAAUUUGACAGCUAAGAAAUCUUUAAUUACAGCUGCUCAAGAAGAUAAACUACCUGUUAAAUUCUCUGACAUUUCAAUUUCUGAGCAACUAAUUCCAGGUUAUGUUAAAUCAGUUACCAAUAAAGGUAUUUUCGUUGCCUUCGGUGCUAAACUUGUUGGUUUGAUUUUAGCUAAAUAUGCAACCUCAAGACCUGUCGAUGAUUUAUCUUCUGUUUUCCAUGUUAAUCAAUCAGUUUCUGUCAGAGUUAUUAGAACUGACGAAGAACAUAACAGAUUUUUGCUUUCAUUAAAAGAAAAGAAAACAACAUCUGAUGAUAUUGUCAACCCAGUUGAUCAAACAAUAAAAUCAGCUAAGGAAUUUGUUCCAGGUAAAUUAACAAAAGCUUUAAUCAAGAGUGUCAAACAAAGUCAAUUGAAUGUUCAACUUGCUGAUAAUAUUCAAGGUAGAGUUGAUGUCUCUCAAAUCUACGAAACAUAUGACGAAAUCAAGAAUCCAAAGGUACCAUUAGCUCCAUUCAAAAAAGGUGAUAUUAUUGAUGUUAAAGUUAUUGGUUUCCAUGAUGCUCGUAAUCAUAGAUUCUUACCAAUCAGUCACCGUAGAUCUAAGCAAAUUUUGAUUGAAUUGAGUGCUAAAAAAUCUGAUUUAACAGAAGGUACUACUGAAGCUUUAUCUUUUGACAAAUUAACAGUUGGUACUGAAUGGGUUGCAUUCAUCAAUAAUGCCACAGUUGGAUUUUUCUUUUUGAACUUAUCACCAUCAAUUAAAGGUAGAAUUUCUUUUAUGGACUUACCAGGUGAUGCUUCAGCUUUAAAGGAUUUAGAUGGUAAUUACCCAAUUGGUUCAGCUUUGAAAGUUAAAGUUAAAGCUGUUGACGCUGAAAAUCACAAUGUAUUAUUAACAGGAAGACAAGAUUCAAUUUCUACCAUUGAAGAUGUUAAAGUUGGUGCUGUUGUUCCAUCAAGAAUCUUGAGAAUAACUGAAAGUUUUGUCAUUGUUGAAUUAGCUGAAAAUGUUACUGCUAUGUCAUUUAUCACCGAUGCUCUAGAUGAUUACUCUAAAAAAUUAGAAGAUGUUUUCGAAAAGAAUGAAAUCUUACCAGCUAAAAUUUUGUCUGUUGAUGAACACAAUAAAAAACUAAAUGUGUCUUUACGUUCAAAUGACGCUAAAGAUAAAUUAAUUUCCAAAUCAGACGACUUGAAACGUGGUGAUGUUGUCCAUGGUUUUGUUAAAAACAUUUCUGAUAAAGGUUUGUUUAUUUCAUUAGGUCGUACAGUUACUGGUUAUGUUAAAGUUAGUGAUGUUUCUGAUUCAUUUAUCAAAGCCUGGAAGAAAUAUUACAAACCACAUCAACAAGUUAUAGGUAAGAUCAUCAAUGCUGAUACAGAAGGUAAUGUUACUUUGACACUAAAAGAAUCUGAAGUCAAUGGUGAAUUAAACAUUUUGAAACGUUUCGAAGACAUUGUCAUUGGAGAUAUUUUCGAAGGUUCAGUUAGAAGAGUUACAGAUUUUGGUGUUUUCGUUAAAUUAGACGGUACUUUGAACAUCAGUGGUCUAUGUCAUCAUUCCCAAAUUGCGGACAAUGAUGUUACCGAUUUAGAAGCCUUGUUUGGUGAAGGUGAUAGAGUUAAAGUUAAAGUAUUAGCCGUUGAUACUGGUAAGAAACAAUUAUCCUUAGGUAUGAAAGCAUCAUAUUUUAUUGAAAAUGCGGAUGAAGAUGAAGAUGUUGACAUGGAAGAUGCAUCUGAAGAAAAUGUCGAAGAAGAUUCUGAUUCUGAAGAAGCUGAUGAUAAACAAGAUUCAGAAGAUGAAGCAGAAGAAGAUGCUAUUGUUGAAGAUGCUUUUAACGAGCAAGACUCAGAAGAAAGCUCAGAUGAAGAAGAAGAGGAAUCUAAAGAAGAUAAAUCAAUCACAGGAUUAACAACCAAUGGUUUUGACUGGACUGCAAGCAUUUUAGAUCAAGUUCACGAUGAUGAAUCAAGUGAUGAAGAAGAUUUCACAGAUUCUAAAUCCAAAAAGAAGAGAAAAACCAAAGAAGUUGUGGAAGAUACUACUGGUGAUUUACAAUCCAAAGCUCCACAAUCUGUUUCCGAUUUUGAAAGAUUAAUCAUUGGUAAUCCAAAUUCUUCAAUUGUUUGGAUGAAUUACAUGUCAUUCCAACUUCAAUUAAGUGAAAUUGAAAAAGCUAGAGAAAUUGCUGAACGUGCCUUGAAAACCAUCAAUUAUAGAGAAGAACAAGAAAAAUUGAAUAUUUGGAUCGCGUUACUCAAUUUAGAAAAUACAUUUGGUACUAAAGAAACAUUAGAAGAUGCUUUCAAGCGUUCCACAGAAUAUAUGGAUUCAUUAGUCAUGCAUCAAAAACUUGUUAGUAUCUAUAUUUUAUCUGAGAAAUUUUCAAAAGCGGAAUCAUUGUUUAAAGUUAUUACAAAGAAAUUUGGUAAAGAAUCAGUUUCAGUUUGGGUCAGUUAUGGUAGUUAUUUAUUGGAUCAAAACCAAUCUGACAAAGCUCAUGAAGUAUUAGCUUCAUCAUUAAACUCAUUACCAAAACGUGAUCAUAUAGAAGUUGUUCGUAAAUUUGCUCAAUUGGAAUUCACUAAAGGUGACGCUGAACAAGGUCGUACAUUAUUUGAAGGUUUAAUUGCAGAUGUUCCAAAACGUAUCGAUUUAUGGAAUGUUUAUAUUGAUCAAGAGAUUAAAAAGAAUGAAAACAAAAAGGUCAGUGAUCUUUUCGAAAGAGUUUUAAGCAGAAAAGUCAGUCGUAAACAAGCAAAAUUUUUCUUUGGUAAAUGGUUAUCAUUUGCUGAAAAACAAGGUGAUACCAAGACUGCUGAUUAUGUUAAAGCUAAAGCUCAAGAAUAUGUUCAAAAAAAUAAGGAAUAA